CUCUCACUCACAUACACUCUCUCUCUCCACACGUACCUGAGGCUCUGACCACCGUAUAUUCAUUCGUUCAUUCACUCGGUGCUCAAAUUCCCCAAGCCCGGGGAAAAUCUCUCCUCUCUAAGCUUCGUAGAAAUGCAUAUAUCUGAGAAUUAGGGUUUUGGAUUUGAAGAAAAAUGCCGUUGACGAGGUACCAGAUACGGAACGAGUACAGCUUGGCGGAUCCGGAGCUGUACAGAGCGGCGGACAAGGAUGAUCCGGAGGCUCUACUGGAAGGCGUGGCCAUGGCCGGCCUUGUUGGAGUCCUGCGCCAGCUCGGCGACCUUGCGGAGUUUGCUGCUGAGAUAUUCCGUGACUUGCAUGAAGAAGUAAUGGUAACUGCUGCAAGAGGCCAUGGUCUUAUGGCUCGUGUUCAACAGCUCGAGGCAGAAGUUCCUUCAAUUGAGAAGGCAUUUUUGUCCCAAACAAGUCAUUCAUUAUUCUUUCCCAAUGCAGGUGUUGAUUGGCAUCCUAAUCUGCGUGCGGAACAGAAUCUGGUAACUCGGGGGGACUUACCUCGCUUUGUAAUGGAUUCUUAUGAAGAAUGCCGGGGUCCUCCACGGUUAUUUCUGCUGGACAAGUUUGAUGUUGCGGGGGCUGGGGCUUGUCUAAAGCGUUAUACUGAUCCAUCAUUCUUCAAAGUGGAAGCAGCAUCCUCUACAACAGCAACAGCAGAGGUUCAGAGGGAAAAGAAAAACCGCAAAAUGAAGAAAAAGGGAUCACGCUGGAGGAAUGGAGAAACACCUGAAGUCCACCUCCCAUCACAUGCCAAAUUGCAUCAGUUGUUUCAGGAGGAGCGCAUUGAGAAUGGUUUUAGCAACUCUGCACGUCUUGUGAAAUUGAAGAGAAGGCCAUUGAAUGGAUGUCCAUUUAACUCAAAAGCUGGGAAAAGUAUCAUGGAGAAAUUCCUGGAGACACCCACUCCAGAGCAGAAGGUGCUUCAUGAAAUUUAUGUCACUUCACCCAUGAAUUUGACCAUAGAUGAUUCUAGUGAAUCAGGGCUUGAAAUACUUGAAAUCAGGACUGUGAGUCCUGGAAAGAAGUCACCUCAAGGAAAGGAAAGUGUGUGUUCCUCACCUAAUGCACCUAAUGCACAGGAAGUAGUUUCAAAAUCAUACAUGGACAAGUUUAAUGCACAGGAAGUAGUUUCAAAACCAUACAUGGACAAGUUUAACGGCAAUGUCAUUGGUGGAGAAAUUGUGAAAGUGCCUAAACCAGCCGAUGGUGGUGAUAUGGAUGAUAUUUCUCCUUCCACCCUCCAUAACAUAGCAGUUGGUGGAGAACUCAAAACAGAAGGCACUGUAGAUGGGUACCAUUCUGAUGAUUUGACAAGUGAGAUAGACAAUUACGUGGAUGCUCUUACCACCAUGGAAUCAGAAAUGGAAACAGAAAAUGAGUAUAGACCUAAGAAUGAGCAAGGCUUCUUGACUGUUAAAAAACGUGGGAGAGAUUCUGAUGGAAAUGAAGAAAAUCUGGCUCAACUUUCGGAUUCUCAAUCAUUUGGAAACUCCUCUGCAUCAGAUUGUGGGAAUAGUUCAUUCAAGAAUAACAGAUCCAGUUUUUCCGACUCUGAUACACUAAGCAGUUUGGCCGAUAAUACAGCAUCUGGUGGUGAUGGAGCAGCUAAGGUGUCCCCUUCUGCUGAAACUUGUGCAGCUGAGAGUGCGGAUAUGCCACCCAGUCAGCUAAUGGAUGAGUCUAUGGGAACCAAAUCUGAUGAGCUUGCAGUGCCUAACGGUACAUGCAUUAAGGAAGACAAGAUCCCUGGUCUUGGAGAAGCAUCAUGUAGUUCAUGUCUUACAGAUUCCAUACCUGUGCUACUGCCUUUGGAUCAUGGAGUACACUCGUCAUUAGAUACAUUACUGGGUCCUGAAGUAAAGGAAGCAACCUUCGACUCUCUUAAGCUUGGUUCCAAGUUAUCAGAAACUGAUGAAAUUAGUGAAAAUCUAGCUUAUUCUAGAGCUGUUGGCUCUGAUGUUCCCACCCAACCUAUGAAUGAUAUUCAACUUAUAGGUUCUGCUGAAAGCCAUCUGGAUGGUGAAGAUCCAAAUGUUGUUUCUGAUGCUUCGCUGCAUUUGCUGGACAUUUCAGAGUUGACUCCUAAAAAUAAAAGGAGUGACAAUUCUCUUAAUAAAGUGCUUCAAACAGAAUCUGCGGAUGAAGAUUAUUCUGAAAAUUUGGUUGAUGGAAGGAUUGGUUCUCCGCCUUUAAGUAUUACAUGUACAGAAAAGCCGCUCCUUCACUCAGUCUUGCCAGAAGUAAAAGCGGGUUCAGAUGUAGUACCUACUACUUGUUCUUCAGAUGUUGUAGAUCAGGAUGACAUAGUUCCCAAAGCCGGUGGUGCUCUUAUGGAGAAUGGAAUCAACUCGGAAGACUUAACUCCCAUGGUGGAAACUCAAAAGGUACAAAACGUAGAGGGGCAGCACCUGUCAGUUUUAAUAGACAAUAUUGCAGAAGUUGAACUUGAUUCUGCAGAAUUGAGUGUUCCAUAUUCUGAUGAGAAAUCAGAUGUUGAUGAGAUGCUAAGGGCAGAAGAUGGUAAGGAAAUUGGUAUAUCCACCUGCAGUAUGGAUGCAAGGGGAGGUGAUGCUGUUCCUCUUGAAGUUCCAUCUAAUUAUCAAAAUUACCCGUGCCAUGAGGAUCACGUAAAUUUAGACGCUGUAGUAACUGAGCCAGUUAUAGCAGAUGUAUCUCUGUCUGCUGCCGCUGUCACCAGCACAAAUGAUGACGUCAAUGAUGUGAUUUGUCUGUCUCCAGAUCUAGCUUUCUCUCCAUCAGGGAAUCAUACAAAUUUGCAAGAGUCUCAUUCUGGAUUUGUCGAUUCUCAUGAGAAAGGGACAGAAUUUAAUGAGGCAACUUCUCCAGAAUGUCUUGCAGAAACUGAGGAACACAAAAAAGUGAAUCAACUGGAAGUUGCUCCUCCAGAUACCCCAUGCAAGCCAGUCUCUUCCGACCAUUGCAAUUUGAAAACAUUUGAUAAUGAUCAUGAAUCAUCUCUAGCCAAUACUUUGUCUGACAAUGAUGUUAUAACAUCCCCAACAUAUUCAGGACUAAGCAAUCAACAACCAGAAUCAAAAUCUCACCAUCAGAGUCAUCUUUUAGAGAAUAGUGAAGAUGAGGUGUCUUCACCUACCGGAUACCUCCCAGAGGCAGAAGCUCCUUUGGAGAAGCCGUUGCCAUUUGCAGCUGAUCAAGCUGAUGUGGAAAGAUUUCAAGAAGAUGAACCAGCUUAUAACUCUCCAAAAAUUCAAUCUGAACAGAUACGAUCUCUGAAUCUUGUAGAUCAGGAAAGGUGUGAACAGAUACAAUCUUCAACUCACUUACAUGAAAUAGGCUUUGGUUCUCCUGAAUCUUGUCCAGAACACCUUCAAUGCCAACCUUCAGUGUUGGAGUUUUUACCACAGUCAGCUGAUCUGGAACUUGAUGGUUCUAAGCAAGCAAUGGAUCCAUUAGAGUCUGCCCUUCCUAGCUUUGGCCUGCCCCCUGAGGCAGCUCAAGUUAAUCUGGAGGAGAUGCCACCAUUGCCACCUCUACCUCCUAUGCAAUGGAGGAUGGGAAAGGCUCAAAAUGCAUCCCUAGCUUCUCAGAGUGAUUUGGUUGAAGCUAGUCAGUAUGCUUUCCCACUGUUGCAGCCACUCGAUGAUCAGAAAGCUCAAUUUGGCUUUUCAACAAUCAAGACAGGAAUUUUGCAGCAUCAGAACCCACUUUUACCCAUCAUGCCUGUAGAAGAUGAGAAAUCCCAACAUGCUUCUGAACAAUUAGUGAGUAAUUUGGUGCGGCCGAUUCCUUUCUCUUUGCAAGUGCCAACCAUGGUUAGUGAUGCAGAUAGUCAAUACAACUGCCUCUCUUUGAAGGGAACACAAAGCAUGAAUCCAUUCUUAACGUCCCCAGCAAUACUUGAUGAGAGACCUGAAUAUGGUUUCCUUUCUUUAGAGGGAGAAAAGGCUCACUCUAGUUCAAUCCCAUUUUCGCCAAUACCAACCACUGAAUAUACAACUCUUAGACAUGAUCCUGAAUCUUCACAAGAGAAAUUGAUUGGGCAUCUCAACCAAUUUGGACCAGAAACAAGGUCAGAGGAUAAAACACUUCAACCCACGCAGAAAAAUUAUUCUGAAGGGGAAUGGCGAAAUCCUUUUGACACAUCUAUGCCACCACCAACCUUGGAAGCAGAACGGCCUCAGCAUGCUUCACUGACUUCAGAUGGAGAAACCCCUCAUGUACCAGGCCUAGUAGAAAAGCCAAAUGUUCUUUUUGACACAUCUAUGCCACCACCAACCAUGGAAGCAGAACAGCCUCAGCAUGCUUCGCUGACUUCAGAUGGAGAAACCCCGCAUGCUUCGCUGACUUCAGAUGGAGAAACCCCUCAUGUACCAGGCCUAGUAGAAAAGCCAAAUGUUCUUUUCGACACAUCUAUGCCACCACCAACCAUGGAAGCAGAACAGCCUCAGCAUGCUUCACUGACUUCAGAUGGAGAAACCCCUCAUGUACCAGGCCUAGUAGAAAAGCCAAAUGUUCUUUUCGACACAUCUAUGCCACCACCAACCAUGGAAGCAGAACAGCCUCAGCAUACUUCACUGACUUCAGAUGGAGAAACCCCUCAAGUACCAGGCUUAGUACAAAAGCCAAAUGGCAAUCCACCGAAGCUUCCUCGUCCUCGAAAUCCUCUCAUUGAUGCUGUUGCUGCUCAUGACAAAAGCAAGUUGAGAAAGGUAGCUGAACGGGUUCGGCCUCAUAAUGUACCAAAGGUAGAUGAAAGAGAUUCAUUACUAGAACAGAUACGAACAAAGUCCUUCAACUUGAAGCCUGCAGUGGUGACAAGAGCCAGCAUUCAUGGUCCUAAUACCAACCUGAAGGUUGCUGCUAUUUUGGAGAAAGCAAAAACAAUUCGCCAGGCAUUCGCUGGAAGUGAUGAAGACAAUGAUUCUGAUAGUUGGAGUGACGCUUGAAAAAAAACUAGGUCUAUGGUACUGCAGCACUUGAAAUGGUUUGGGAGAUUUUGUUCUCUCAGCUUUAGUUAAUAGAAAAUUUCUGUUAUCUGGUGUAUUCUUUCUUUCUGCUUCACAUUCAUGUAUAAUACUCCCCUCAUUCCCCCCUUCUUUCUUUCUCUCUCUCUCUCUCUCUCUCUCACUCACACACAUUGAAGAUGUAUUCAUUGGCUUGUAGCCGUGCUCUACCUUCAGAAAAUCAGUCUGGAGUCGAAUGUUUUAUACAAGAAUGACAGCUGAGGUUCAGUGUGCAAGUGCUGUUCCAAUCAAAUUCCAAGUAUUAUUAUUUACAACCUUGGCAAGUGUAAAUUGUGUUGGAGUGGCAUGAUUUUAAUCUGUAUUUUACUGAUGCAAUUUUGUAAUCUUGUAUGUAGUGCAUUUCUGAGGCAUAUUUCCUCCAUUUUUCCUUGUAUUUGGCCAAUGUAUGAUUGGCCAUCCAUGUCCAGCUUUCUUCAGUACAGCUCAAUUACGGUGUGAAAUAUCAAAAAAUACAAACAUAUUUAGCAGUGUCGAUUAUUCUAUAAACAAUUUAUUCCAACUGUAUGGUC